UCUCUCCAUCUUGACGCCAGCACGUGCUUCUUGUGACCAUCAUGUCCCAUUAGCCCACGGUCUGGGCAGAAACCAUGAACAAGGCUCUUUUUCUCCCCCACCCAAAACACGCUCAGUCCUUUCACUGACCUGGCUUCUGAUUGGAGGCUGGUUGCUGCAGAUAAUGACCUCCAAGACCCCUCUGUGGAUUACAGCCUGUUUGUUAAGACACCUUAACAGUAGUAUUUUCGACAUCCCCAGGAACCAGAAGCAGAGGAGACUAACAGCAUCCCAGCCACCUGCAUGGGCCCAGGGCUGGCAGCUUCCCAUGUGUCCUUUCCAGACAGUCUGCUCACUAAGAUGAGGGAUCUUCUUCAGUAUGUUGCCUGCUUCUUUGCAUUUUUCUCCGCUGGGUUCUUGGUUGUGGCCACCUGGACAGACUGUUGGAUGGUGAAUGCAGAUGACUCCUUGGAGGUGAGCACCAAAUGCCGAGGUCUCUGGUGGGAGUGUGUCACAAAUGCUUUUGAUGGAAUUCGCACCUGUGAUGAGUAUGAUUCUAUCCUUGCUGAGCACUCCUUGAAGCUGGUGGCAACUCGGGCGCUGAUGAUUACUGCAGAUAUUCUAGCUGCGUUUGGAUUUAUUACCCUGCUCCUUGGACUUGACUGUGUGAAAUUCCUCCCUGAUGAGCCAUACAUCAAAGUCCGCAUCUGCUUUGUUGCUGGAACCACAUUACUAAUAGCAGGUGCCCCAGGAAUAAUUGGCUCUGUUUGGUAUGCCGUUGAUGUUUAUGUAGAACGUUCUUCUCUGGUUUUGCACAAUAUAUUUCUUGGCAACCAAUAUAAAUUUGGUUGGUCCUGUUGGCUUGGAAUGGCUGGUUCUUUGGGUUGUUUUUUGGCUGGUGCUAUCCUCACAUGCUGUUUAUAUCUCUUCAAAGAUGUUGGACCUGAGAGGAACUAUCCUUAUUCCACGAGGAAAGCCUAUUCAACCACAGCUGUUUCCAUGCCCUGGUCACAUGCGACCCCUCGAACACAGACUGCCAAAAUGUAUGCCAUCGACACUAGGGUGUGAAGUGACAUGUAUCAGUCUUGUGUAUAUAUAUUGUUUAACUAAUCAAGUGAGUUCAAAUUAACCAAAUAGCAGAUCUAUCCAGGAACAGACAUCUAGGCCUCAAGGCCAACUAAAUUAAUUGCUCAGCUUACGCAAAAAAUUAGAAUCUCUUAUUGUUUCUCCUUCUCAAUUAUUACUUUCUUCUAUGUUCUUUUACCAUCUCUCUAUCUCUCUCUCUCACUCUCUCUCUCUCUCUCACACACACACACACACACACACACACUUCCCAGAAACUUUCAAAGGAGGCCGGAGAUUCUAAUCUUUGAAGGGACUGACAAGCUUUAGCUCUUUCCUUGGCUUUUGGCUCACUUUCUGUAUUCUCCACUGAGUGAGUUAUUUGAUAACUCUGAAGAAGAUGAUUUUUCCAAAUUCAAACCAGUAUAUCAAAGCUUACCAUUGGUCUGAUUCUGUUAAAAUAGAAAAAGAAAAGAACAGCUCCAUGUACCAGCCACUGGUGGGAGUUAAAGAUAAAAUGUGCCCUCUCAAUGCUCUAAAUGUCAAAAGCAAAUGCUAAAUUAAUACCAAAUUAAUAUCAGAGUCAGUGCUGCCUUUCUUCCUCAUGAGCAACAUAAGAGAUCUGUGUAUUAUUUUAUCACUACUCCAAGUUUGCUUGUAUAUUGUCAAACAUUAAACCACAGCAGUUAAUAGCUAAACCAGGGAGUUCACUUAGUAUUGAUUGGGCAUCUAAAUGCCUUUCAAGAAUGUGCCAUAUUAGAAUUCACUGAUUCAGGUGUCCUCUCACCACUGGAUCCUCAGCAGCCAGCAAAAUAGCCAACAUAUGAUGAAAUGUAAUAAAUAGUUUUUUGCUUGAAAGCAAUAAAGGCUCACAAUUCUCUACUGGAAAAAAGUCAAUUUUCCUCACAAAAUAUGUGCUUUUUGAAAAAAAUAGAGUUAUAUACACAUUUAAAGAAAUCAAUGAAAUAUUGCUAAUGGCUUUCAUUCACAUACAUAAUAUAACAAUUCUUCAAUUUUUAAACUGUAGAGUUUUUUUUAAAGCUAUAAAAUUUAACCUUAGUUUUUCUGUUUCCUUGAAAGUCACAUGAAUAGCAUUAAUAGUCAUGCAGUACCUUAACAGAUUAUAAAACCAAACUAAAAAUCAGUUCUCUGGAAAAUGGAAAUACAGUUAUGAAUUUCUGAAGCCUUCAAAAAAAGUGUUUCCAAUUUAAAAAGCUAAAUAAUGUAAAAAUAAGAUAAUAGCAUCUUGUUCACAUAUCAUUGAAAAUGAUUAUCUGAGAGAAUAACAUUGAAACAAGUAUGUUAUGAAUUGUGAAACAGAUUGCCAGUCCAGGUUUGAUGCAUGAGACAAGUGCUGGGGGCUGGUGCACUAGG